GAAGUAGCGCAGCCAGCAGCGUCAGUUCCGAUUUCCGCAAUAACAAAGUAAUAGGUUUCUUGUCCUGUUCAAGAUACAGAUACAAUCCAAGUGAAAACUUUCUUCUGAAAAGAUCAUGGACUUGAAUGAAGCGUCCGCCGAUAUCAAGCAGGAGGCAGACGAGAAUAGUGUGUGCAUGAAGGGAGAAAACGAAAAAGAAGCAGAUAAUAAAGAGGCCGGUCACACUAGUGAUGAACCUUUUGAUCCACCAGACGAAGCCGCUGCUAGUAUUUGGAAACAUGCAUUGCCUAAAAGAUCGAAAAUGAAAUACUAUGCCACGUACGACCGAUUUAUGCAGUGGACUAAAGUAAAGAACAUAAAAUCAGUGUCUGAAAAUGUUUUAAUGACUUAUUUCCAUGAUCUUGCAAAAGUAAUGAAACCAUCAACUCUUUGGUCUCAUUACUCGAUGUUAAAAACCACAUUGAAUAGUCAGAAUAAUAUCAAAAUUGAAAAGUAUACGAAGUUAACAGCUUUUUUAAAAAGACAAGCCACUGGAUUCAAGAGUAAACAAUCAAAAAUCCUAUCCUCAAAUGACAUUGAGAAAUUCCUCCACGAAGCUCCGGACCAUCAAUAUUUGGCAACAAAGACUGCUUUAAUUAUUGCAAUAACUGGUGCGUGCAGGCGAGAUGAACUGUACAGUAUUAAAGUUGACGAUGUGAAAGAUUUUAAUUCAAUGUUUCUGGUCACACUUCCAAAAAUAAAGAGAAAAAAACUCGUACGUUCCUUCACCAUUGUUGGAGAAUUCUACGCUAUCGUUAAAAAGUACUGCGAUUUGCGGCCAAAAGACACCGCCUCACACCAUUUUUUCUUGAACUACCAGAACGGGCGGUGCACCAGGCAAGUAAUCGGGAUUAAUAAAUUUGGUGCUAUGCCAAAACAGAUAGCAUCCUAUCUACAGUUGCCCGAUCCUCAGUCCUACACUGGACAUAGCCUUGGAAGAACUUCAGCGAAUUUACGUAUUGAUUCUGGGGCACGCAGUGAUAAACAACACAGUGGGUCGAAAUCAGCCACCGUUCUCGAAGGCAACAUUGACGAGUCUUUACAAAAUAAGAAAAUAGUGAGUAAUCUAAUCACGGAAUCGAUCGUUUUAAACGCAUCAAAUUCACGAGAAACUUCUCGCAACGAAUCAAGAUCAACAAAUGCGAAUCCCAUUCGGACUGGUACUCCAACAACUGGAAAAUCCUCCGUUUGCGAGGUCGGAGAAAGUUCACCGCCACACUUGGACGAAUAUGCUAAGGAAAGGAAGUCAAAAACUCAACCAGUUGCAUUUGUAAACGUCAAUGCCGAUUUAGAUGAACAAAAUCUUGCGACUGGUAUACCAACAACUUUACCAAUUAUGUCGCGAAAUCCACAGGUUUCGCAGUUGCCACUGCGAGAUAAAACUUCAACUGCUCAGAGACCGAGAAACUCCGCGCAGACGUUUAUUAAACAGAUAAGAAAUAUCACACCAGCAGCAGGGUCCUCGAAUCAACAAUGCGAACAACACUUAAAGACAUUAAUUUUGAAGACGGUACCACUGAAUGUCAAAGAAGUUGCACCGACCACUAUUCAAAUGCCACUUAGACAAAGUGCGCAAGAAGUUCCGCAAGCUCCUCAACAAGCUACUGAAGUUUGUCUGAGGUGGGAUAGUUAUCACAGCAACAUGCAGAACAGUUUCCCCUCACUUCUGGAUGCAGAGCACUUCGUCGACGUGACUUUGGCAUGCGAGGGUCGCUCCUUGAAGUCGACAGAAUCGAGACCAUUUACGAAAAUUCGCCUGCAACGACCUACCUCUCCAGCCUCUCCGAACGCAACAGUGAAACUUGAGUCCCUGGACAUACCCUUAAGUCCUAUUGAAAUGUUUUCUGACAACAAUCUCAUGAGUCUCCAUGAAGAAGAGGAUCCUUGUGGUAAUGUACGAGACUCUGAAGAUCAGGACUUGAAUUUCGGUAAUGUGGAUGGCCCUCCAGACUUUACGGAUGGAGAAGAUCAGGACCAGAUCGAAUUCGGACCCGCGGACUCUUUGGAACAGGAACAGGAUAUUGUCGACGAUUUGGAACCAAAUUCAAGCGCAGGUGAAAGAGAGGUGUCAAGCACAUUGUACAAAAGUGAAGACUGUGAAGAUGAUGAGAUGAAUGAAAAAGAAACAAGAGAGAUGGAAGCAUAUAAAAAGACAGAAAAUGCCCCAACGGAAAAGUUAAAAGUGUCCGAACAAAGAUAA